AUGACGACGGUUGAGCAUGUAGGAGAGCCGAUGACCUCGGCUCUAAUUCUUAGUCUUCUGGGUAAUGGCCAAAUCUCACCUGUUGCUUUCUUCCUUCUGUUCAACUUCAGCGUCACUCAGACGUCCCAGACUCUCCAGCUCUUGGCGCAGCUAAAUGAAGCGAAUCCACCCGUGGGAAGAUCAGACCUGGAUUGUGUCAACUCUAUGCUUGCCGCCGCUGGCAUCAACAAUGGAAACUACACUGCUCCAGCUGGCCUCGAGUAUGCCCAAGUCUACGAAAUCUUUGGCUACCUCCAGCUCGCCGACUACGUAGCAGCAUAUCCUACCUACAACGAUCCGGCGCUUCCUGUUCCUGCGCAGGUUACGAUGCAGCUAGCAGCGAAUGAAUCAUACAUCAUGACGUUCUCUGGGAAGCCGCUCGUUACCGGUUUCUGGAGCCUGACGGCAUACGACAGCACGAAUUACUUGGUACCGAACGAUCUGAACCGAUACGCAUUGGGCGAUCGUAGCAACUUGACCUACCCAGACGGUACGCUACUCUACGCGGAUGUGGACAGCGACGGAGCGUUCUCGAUCUUGAUACAGCCGGCGGAUGUGGUACCGAGCUCGAACUGGACUAAUAACUGGCUGCCUGCCCCCGUUGGCGGUGGAGAUUUUACUGUGGAUUUAAGAUGGUAUGGAGUUACUCCGGCGCUUUCAAACGGAAGCUAUGUGUAUCCUAUCGUUACCAAGCAGGGCAGUGUCUACUGA